AUGAACUGCAAUGAGAAAGAACUGAAGGCCAAACUGCACAACAACAGGGCUAUUGCACAUUUUAAACUUGGUAAGAUGAUGAGAGCUUUAAUAUGCAUUUUUUUUUUCUAUUUUGAAGCUAUUGAGUUGUCAGUAGUAGUUGUCUGAAAAGGUGAUAAUUUUGAAUGCAUGCCCGGAAAAAUUUACAUCUUAUCUUGGCCUCUCAAAUAUACAAAGAAGUAACCUCUUACCCCAGAUAUCAAUGAGCAUCACAAGUUUUUCCCAAAAUUAUAGUAAUGGUAGUUGGUUUGCAACAUGUAUGGCUAAUCAGAGAUAUUUAUUUCAAUAACAGGAAAUCACCAGAAUUCACUAAGGGAUGCAGAAGCAGCCAUUGAGUUAAAUCCAACUUUCCUUAAGGCAAUUGUGAGAGGUUAGAUAUGUUAGCUGUGCUAUAAUAAUAAUAAUAAAAAAAACUCAACACUCUAAGGUUAAAUGAGGUUAAAUGGAGUUCAAUCUUGUCUCAAUUGACUUUAAUUAAGAGGUCGAGACCACCCUGAUGUACAUUUGAAUCCAGCUCUUGACUGCUACGCCAUUACUUUCCAUUAAUCAUGAUAAGAAUAUUAUUUUGAACGGGAUGAAGAACUCAAUGCGGAAUGCAAAGCAAAUUUCAGCAUGAAUAUUUUAGUUAAUAAGUCCAAUGAGUCACAGGUGUAAGAUAUGUUAAGAGCGUGUCCACGAGAGCACCAGGCAGUCGUGCUACAAGCCAUCUCACCGAUUUCCAUGAAACUUUGGCAGUUUAAAGGGUCUACCCCAAAACUCAAAGAGAAAAACUGGUUUCUGUUUUGGUUCUUCCGGGGGGGAGAUAGACCACCCCCGGUUUUUCUUGGUUUUCACCAUGGAAAUCGCUUCAAAUAGGUAAAAUGUAUGAAGCUCUCACGGCGAUGGUGUCUAACCGAUUACUUUGAGGAUUUGCACACAUAUUUUUACAUCCUUAGUUAAUGUCUGCUGCGAGUAUCAGUCAGUUUGAUUGACGGCUUGUCAAUCAACAGAGGCAAAUAUACGGUUUUGGUUUUAGACUUUUCGAUUCAUCCAAAUAUUUGACAACUUUGAGGUCCCGUUGCCAGAAAGCUACAACACUAAUUCUAAUUCCCCUUUAUAACCCAUCAUUUCAUCUCUGAAAAUCAUCAAAAAAAUCUUUGGGCACUACCAUAUUUUUGUCUUGGAUGCCUUUUAAAAUCUGCGACUGUGACAAGUUUCUCUCAACUACACCUGUCACGCAAUUCUUGCUCUAGGCGGUCACUUGACAAAAUAAACCUACAUUUUUUAGCUCUUUAUACAAGAUGAUUGAUCAAGAAAGGUGAAAAAUGUGAAAAACUUUCGAUAUUUUUCGUAGUAAUGGAAAAUUUCACGUUUAGAGAGAUGCAUGUAAACGAAAAAUAAAUGGGAAAAUCGAAGCGUUUCUUUCUUCAGUCGUUUAUUACUUUGAAGAUUUGCUAAAAUCAGCAGAUAUGGCUUUUGUACGGCUCAAAACAUUCAUUAGUCUAUAAUAUGAUUGUUAAUCAUCAUCAUUGCUCAUUUUAUUUCAUGCUGCGUGUUGGUUGAUAUUGCUAAUUGUUCCAGUAUGCUACAACUUCGGCUUUUACAGACGAGAAAUUCUGCACUCUCGCUCGAGAGCAAAUAUCAAUAGUUCUAUCGGACUAAAAACUGUGCCUCUAUCCCGAAAAUAAAAUUAAAAUAGUGUUGUCGUCGUCACUUACCACCAUCGAACAUUUCCAUGCAGAACUCCGCUAAGCUAACAUCUGUUGUGUGACCCGAAGACUCUUAGUAGGAAUUAUUCAAGCGCGUUGUUCAUGCUGUCUGCUAGAUAACAAUUUCAGAACAAUCUGCAGAUCUCUAUGAUUAUUUGCCUGCUUCGACCGUAAAAUAUCUGCAUAUUUAUCAAUAAACCAAUUUUUGUUACGGCAGAUAACCGGCUUAAGUAUCGAGCGAUUUGCUGCUGUAUCGGUCUGUCUUAGACAACAUUUCUGGCUGGUGUCGUCUCUUAAACUCGAUAUUUGGGAAAUCACAUUAGAGGCGGUUGCCUUACUAGUUUCCUUCCUUGUCCAGCACACGUCUAGGAGAUAAUUGUCUGCUUUCUGAGAAAAGGUGGCUGUUUUUUGUGUUUUCCAAAGAGCCCAUCCAAAGUCUUCUUGGCUAGUUAGGGAUUGUUCGUCAGACUUUUUACCUGAGGUCCGACCUCGAACGUAGCCGUCCCCUAUAGAAUGGCAAGCCGGUCUUAAUCCAUUUUGCUCUUGAUCUUAUCCUAGGCGGAAUUUUUUUGUCGGCUUCACUGUGUUUGUCUUUGUCAGGGUACAUUUGGAUGGCAGCCAAUGACUGAAAGGUCCUGAUACAUCCUUCUUUUAGCAAGAAUAUCUCGCUUUCUUGUUCCGUCUAUGACGGAUUGGGUAUAGUUCUCGCGAUGACCCGCGUUCAGAAAUCUGUGUACGUUGCUGAUAACCAUCCGCUUCUACGACUAGUUUGCUGAAGGUUUCUAAUGUGAUGAGCCUAGUGAGACCCUGAGGUGCUUCAAACUGUGCCAGUUGGUCUGCGCUAUAAACUUGUCGCAGUUCUUAAGUCAGAGGGAGGAUCGCCCACCUUUAUCUAUGUGAGCGCCUCCAUAGUACCUGCGUAUCCCUAGCAAUCAUAUGAUAUGAAGUUCAUCUCAGUCACAAAUCACCAGUUAGGAAAACUGAUGUUCAGAUAAGCGCUCUUCUUGCCCUUCUUCCUUAUUCAUUGUCGACUCUAAGAUAGCAGCUACAGUACGCAUUCUAUUUAGGUUUACAGUCACCUUUCCGCCACCAGAAAGACUCGCCACCAGCUUUGAUUUCUUCUGCCAUCUGCAGAUUCAUCUCUCUCUCACUUUCUCUUGUCUCCGAUUUUUAUGAGGAGGAUACUGGCAUUUACGAACGCGAAGGUCUGAAUCUGACACCAAGUUGUGCACGAUAUUUGAGGUGCCUUCGUAAUCUCCAAAUAAGCCAAUACGCGCUAGAAUAAGCUUCAUCUCGGACGAAACGCCUGUUUGGGAUACAUCGACGUCUCUCAAAUGUUUUUUUUAAAGCUGCAUACCCACGAAUUUAGAGGUGUGAGCUGUUACCGUCCCUGGCCAGCGCGAGAAAAGUAACAUUUGGUUGUACAGUUAGUUGCCAAUGAACAAGACAACUGCACCAUCUUGACUUACCAAUUUGAGUGUUAGAUUGAAUUGAGGGCUUUUUAGACACUCGAUUUCUUAUAUGGCAUCAUUAUGAAGACGUAAUACAACUGAUACACCUACACUACAUAGGAUUAACAAUGUCUGUUGCGCUGUUGUGAGAAGGAGGAAAAUAUUACCGGAAGUGAACGCUCUUUUUAAAAAGAGUUUCAGAGACGUUUCAGAGAUGUCCAUCUUUGAUCGGCUGUCACAAAAAAAUGACCCCCACUUAAAUUUACUAGGAAAAAUGAACUUACCAACUCCUUGUUGAAAAAAUUGGAAUUCAUUUGACCGAUACGCCGGUUGUUUCAAUUUUUCUUUUUCCUCGGGCUGCUAUGAAACAGUUCAUAAGUGACUAAUGAAUAAAGUGUUUUGAAAUACCGUUCGGGAUUUGCCUUUUUUUCUGCGUGCAACUCAAGGAUAGACAAAGUUUUUAAAACAUUUGAUUAGAAUUUCAUGGAGUUCACCUCGAUUAUUCUCGUCGGCCAGAGUCAAGACGCGCCAAGCUGAGCGACAUCGCCCUCCAGUAAAAAAUUUUCCAAAGAAUAAACGUGGUGAGCGUGAGGAAACGCACACUUUUUUUCAUCAUUGUGAUCAAAGCCCAAUGAUAUACCUAAAUUGGUACUUACGGUAUCAAACCAUUGAUUAUGAUAGGGUGAGCUGAGUUUUUCUGUCGAGGUCGACGUGACUUCAUAUUAAAAGCAUUUUUGACGGAACAAACUACACUGCACGAACCUGAGAAACUACCACUACAUGAACUGAGAAAGUAAAAACUUGUGUUUAUCUCCCACGCGUUUCGUUUGACAAUAGUAGACUUCAUCAAGGAUUUUUUUCAAGUAGGGUAAAUAAACUUGCUCAUAAACAAAUAGUAAAUAAGUUGUGUCUUUAUUAUUGAAGUCAGUGGAUAGAAUACGCCAGGUGCGCCUACGGUGUUAUACAUGAGUGACAUUUUCCGGACGUUACACGUACGAGUACGUGAUCCGUUUAAGGGUCACAGAUUGAGUGUAAAUAUUUCACUCCUCAACAUCACCCAAUGUCUCUAGUUUACAGAGGUCUUAGAACGUUUCAUUAUAUGGAGUUGCCUUCUGCGGGUAGAAGGCUACCAGCGAAUUUUUCAGGCGUAAUUGCCUUUGAUUUCUCAAUUGAUGUUGUCGCAAACACAGUUUUUGGGAGUCACGAGACAAAAGAACUUAUCAGGACCUAGUUUCAUGUUCUAAUGGAAAUAAAUAGCUAAUAAAAACACAUUUUCUUGAGAAAUAAAGUCACAAAUGACGGGGGUUCUCUGAAACAAAUAGUGAUAGAAGAGGAUUUCAGUUCUGGUCAAUAUUGACUUUUCAUGGCCUACUUCCAAAUCUGAGAGAACGUGCUGUGGGAAUAAAAAAAACAUAAAUGUGUGAUAAUGCAAGCAAGAGAAUGAAAAUACAAAUAAAGAAAAAGGAGAAAACAUUGGAACCCGUGUUGCAGCGUGCAGAUAUCUUUUGAACCAGACGUACACACAUAAGCCCGACACCAGCCAGAGAAACUCGAAAGAGUCCUGUAUAUGAACUAGCUCGCACGUGCACGUAGGAAAGGCCAUGACAAUCAGCGAAAAUAAUAGCAAAUGCAGAUGAUAUUUGCAGUCAAAAAACAGGAAAAUAAGAUAACAGAAGGAUUAGGAACUUUCUAGAAGUGUCUUCUUGAAAAAAAAAAGAUGAACAAUUUUUACUUCUCGUGAAAGGUCACGCAGUAACCCUACAAAUACUAUUCCUAUACGUGGAAUUUCUUGAUGGUGGAAAGUGGAAAAAACAUUUUCCAGUCUUAUUUUCUGGAAACGUGGCGUAGUUAUUGAAUUUAUGGGGCUAUUGAUAUUUCCUAGUAACAAAUAAAGGGGGCAGAGUUUCCCGUCAUUCGCGGUAUGGAAAAGCCGAAGUUGUUACACUCGGGAACUUGUCCGUCAACAAGCAGGCGACAUGUGACUUUAAAAUCUCCUCUCCUGUUACAGUUUCCUUAUUGUAAACUGUGCAAUAAUGAUAAUAAACGAUCAAUAGACGGUCCUGAUUUUAGCAAAUCAUCAAAGUAACAAACGACUGAAGAGAGAAACGCUACGAUUUUCCCAUUGAUUUUCCGUCAACAUGCAUCUCUGUAAACGUGAAAUUUUCCAUUCCUACAAAAAAUAUCGAAAGUUUUUCACAGUUUUCACCUUUCUUGACCAAUCAACUUGUAUAAAGAGCUAAAAAAUGUAGGUUUAUUUUGUCAAGUGACCGCCUAGAGCAAGAAUUGCGUGACAGGUGUAGUUGAGAGAAACUUGUCACAGUCGCAGAUUUUAAAAGGCAUCCAAGACAAAAAUACGGUAGUGCCCAAAGAUUUUUUUGAUGAUUUUCAGAGAUGAAAUGAUGGGUUAUUAGGGUAAUUAAGAUUAGUGUUGUAGCUUUCUGGCAACGGGAGAUAUUUGACCUCAAAGUUGUCAAAUAUUUGGAUGAAUCGAAAAGUCUAAAACCAAAGUUGUAUAUUUGCCUCUGUUGAUUGACAAGCCGUUAAUCAAACUGACUAAUACUCGCAGCAGACAUUAACUAAGGAUGUAAAAAUAUGUGUGCAAAUCCUCAAAGUAAUCGGUUAGACACCAUCGCCGUGAGAGCUUCAUACAUUUUACCUAUUUGAAGCGAUUUCCUAGGUGAAAACCAAGAAAAACCGGGGGGUGGUCUAUCCCCACCCGGAAAAAACCAAAACAGAAACCAGAUUGUUUUUUUGAGUUUUGGGGUAGUCCCUUUAAACUGACAAAGUUUCUUUGAAAUCGGUGAGAUGGCAUGUAGCGCGACUACCCGGUGCUCUCGUGGACGCGCUCUAAAGUCACUCUCUAGCUGUUUUAAAAAGAAGGAUCAGGACUUACCUAACUUUUAAUGUUUUUGUGGGAGUUGUUGAUCCCAAUUUAAGUGUUCUUAGAAGUUUCAGUUAUCUGUAAAGCUAAAUAAAUCUAACUGAAACCUAAUAGGGCCUGUUUAUUCUUUUCCGUUUAGUUUUUUUGUAUUGUUUUGUUUUGUCUUUCUUUUUUUCUUCUGGUCUGUAAUGAUUUCAAUGGUUUCAGGUUCUUUUCUCAGAAUUGAGCUACAGUAAUAGUGUGCUUCUUUGUGUUGUUGCCUACAGGAGCCACUGCUUGUGUUGAAUUGAAGAGAUUUGAAGAAGCAAUCACUUGGUGUGAUAAGGGACUAGCUGUAUCCUUUGAAGGAAUCUUUCAUUUUAACCGUGAGUAUAAUGGAAAAAGUUUCCAUAAUAUGAUGUUUCAAGGGAGGAAAUACAAAGAAGGGUAUUAAUUAUGAUGGGAACUUGUCAGCUCAUAUACUUUAGGUGAGUGUGAUUAAAAACAUAGGAGAAGUUAUUACCUCAUGGCUAAUGAAAUUACUCCUUUUAGCCAAUUUGACUUAGUUCUACUAUCCAUGCCAAUAACUGGUACAUUAGUUUAAAUAACCUUUUAAUUUCCCAGACCAAAUUUGUAAUUAUCCUUACUGUCAACCAUACAAUUCUUGUGACGUUAGUACACAGAAUUCAGUAUUGCAUCAACUAACUAUUUUUAAAUUUAUAUAUAUUUUUUUUACUCUCAACACUUAUCUGAUUGAUAUUUUAUUGCUAUUGUAAGGAAAAAUUCUCUUUUGGUCACUCACGGGAGUUAAAGGGUUAGAAGACUAAUAUUCAUCCAGUUUAUUCAUGGUACUUGGGUAGAUGAUCUCUCUAAAACAAGCCAGAACAAAAAGCUCUGCAAUGUUUACAUAUCUUAUGCAGAUUUUCUUGCCUGCGACCUUUUUCUACAACUUAGAGACUCAGAAACUUUCGUUGUGCUUUCCUAUGGACAAAUAACAAUUUUAAAGACAUCCAUUUGUGUUGUAGACUCAUUUCUUCCACUGCUGUAAAACAUUUGUCUCAUAUUAAAGCUAUAUUAAUGAAAAAAUUGAGCAAGUGCUGCUCAGUUUUUGGAAACUAGGGAUUAAAUCUAGAUAUUUCGCGUUACAUUUUGAGGCUGCACACAGAAAAAACAUUUUUUGAAGUGUAGACUUACUUCAUUACUGACUUUAAGACUGAAUGUUGAUAAAUCAUCUACCUUUCAUGCAAAGCCCUCCUAAUGGGCCAUUUUAUAGUUGUGUACUUAGUUGCCAUGCCUUUGAUUUGGAGUGAGGCUGAAGGUGACCUUGUUGCGAUAGAGAC